UUCGUGGCACGGCGCGCGUCAGUGCUCCCGCACGAGAGCGCAGCCGCCGCCGGCCUGAGAUUUGAUUUUUGGCUGCCUCUGCCCCGCCUUGACCUCGCUCCUCUCCCCGGCGCCACUCUCCCAACCCCACCCUCACACCCAUCCUCAAUCUGCCACCAUGCGCCAGAAGCGCGCCAAGACGUACCGCAAGGCGCUGGCGCUGUACAUGCGCCACUUCGCCUUCCGCCUGCCGCUGCAGCUGCUCUUCGACAGCGCCCUCGUGCUGGCGCUGGCCAAGCAGCGCCUGGCGCCCGCCGACGUGCCCGCACGCCUGGCCGACGUGCUGCAGGUGCGCGCCGCCGCGCCGCUGGGGCACCGCCGGCCCAAGGCUGAGGGCGGCGAGGUCAAGUGCAUGAUCACGCAGUGCGCCAUCAACGAGCUCUACCGCCGCCAGAAGGACGGCGACGUCGAGGCGCGCGCCGUCGACAUGGCAAAGACCUUUGAGCGCCGCCGCUGCGGCCACCGCGAGGCCAUCGCCGGCGACGAGUGUGUGCGCCAGAGCAUGGGCCCGACGAACAAGCACCGCUACGUGCUCUGUGCCAACUCCUUUGCGCUGCGUGCCUGGGUGCGUGCCGAGGUGCCUGGCGUGCCAGUCGUGCACGCCAACGAGCGCAGCGUGCUCGUGCUCGAGCCGAUCAGCGAAAAGACGCGCGAGCGCAUCGACAAUCUCGAGGUGGACAAGCUGCGCACAGACGCACACGAGGCCUCGGCGCUCGGGCUCUCGGCCUCGUCUGUAGCCGGCUCAUCGCGCGGCGCCACGGGCGACAUCGUGGGACUCGAUGCGGCCGAUGCAGCCGAGGGCUCGACGCCUGCCUCCGCAGCGGCAGCAGCGGCAGUGCCAGGCGCCAAGAAGCGGCGCGCAAAGGAGCCCAACCCGCUCUCGAUGCGCAAGAAGAAGAGCGCUCCCACGGCGGCCGAGGCGCAGCAGGGCGCCAAGAGCGGCGAGAAGCGCAAGCGGGACGACGGCGCUGCCCCACAGGGCGCCACUGCGACAGCUGCCAAGGACGGCGCUCCGGCGCGCAGACGGCGGAAACGCGGCGCUGGCGGCAGCGGUGCGGGCGGCGGCGGCGAUGAUGGAGCAGCCAAGACGACGGCGGAGGCCGCCACAUAGCAACGCAGAGUCCUUCUUUGUUCCG